CACGCGAUACGAGUCCCCGGGGCGGCGGUGAAUGCCGCGAAACUUGAACACUUGGACGUUGUUUUCAAAAGUUUUUUUAUGCGAACAAUUGCAUUGGGCCAGCGACUUAUUGGACUAAAUUUUAGUUUCUAGGACAGUGGGGUGUUUGCCUGUUAUAUUAUAAGAGUAGUUUUACAUUCAGCCAAUGAUCAUGUGACUUUUUCUAUUGUUGGUGUUGUAGAAUUAAAUAAACUUAAUUUAGACUUUUUGUUUUAGUGAGGCAUUUCAGUUACAGAAGACGAUUAUCCAUUUGACUGGCGCAUUCACCAUUUUCCUUUGAAAUACUCGACUUCACCCGUUGCGGAAAAAAAUGAGCCGUUUGUGUUGCGAAGAUGGUGUUUGUGAAAAGGAGGCGAUAUAAGUGCACGGACAAAAACGUUGUUAGGUUCAAACGCAGACCGCUUUAAAGCCAAUUUAAGUAUGCAACAGUGGAGGGCGAGAAAGUGUUCAGCACGGCCCGUUGGGCGCCAAACGAAAUAGGAUUGCGUCUUUGAUAGGAAAGGUUUUGGGUGUACUCGCCAUCAUGACACCCAGCAAUUUUGCCAUCACUACUUCGGAUUUCCCUCUCCUAACAACGGACAACUCAACCAACAUAUUCAUGAACUGUUCUGAACCGGAUUUCCUGAAUUGCACCAUAAAUGGAACCAACGCCACCAUCUUGGAACCUGCGGGUGAACUGCUCAGCGACAUCAUCCUCAUGAGCGUCCUAUCCAUCGUCUUAGGCUUAAUGAUACUAAUUACAGUAAUAGGUAACGUGUUCGUAAUUGCGGCCAUCCUGUUGGAAAGAAAUCUCCAGAACGUUGCUAACUAUCUUAUAGUUUCGUUGGCGGUGGCUGAUUUAAUGGUGGCAUGUCUGGUCAUGCCUCUUGGAGCAGUCUACGUGAUAACUAACAACUGGAAGAUGGGUCCAGAACUUUGUGAUAUGUGGACGUCUAUAGACGUUUUAUGUUGUACAGCAUCAAUCCUACACCUAGUGGCGAUAGCAGUUGAUAGAUAUUGGGCUGUCACAAACGUUGACUACAUCCACACAAGGAACGGUAACAGGAUAGGCAUAAUGAUUGUGGUAGUUUGGAGUAUAGCCCUUGUUGUGUCUUUGGCACCACAAAUACCGCAAUUCAAAGACCCCGACUAUAUAAGCAGAAUACAAGAGAAGCAACAAUGCCUAGUCAGUCAAAACGUAAACUACCAAAUAUUCGCCACCAGUUCAACAUUUUACGUCCCACUCCUGAUGAUAUUUAUUCUAUACUGGAAGAUUUUCAAGACGGCCAGAAAACGCAUCAGAAGAAGGCGUGAAAUGAAAGGACAAAUAUUGGAAAAGGUUGAGAAAACGAACAACAACAGCAGAGUUCCUAAAAGCUUUCUACUCAAUCGUAAAUUCCUCCGCAUGAAGAAAACCCCUAGCAAAAAGUCUUCCGCCGCCGAGGCCCUGGUAAAUUCAUUGGUGAUGAUGGAGGGCCAAUCGACGACGACAAUGGAGAUUGUCGAAGAAGAAAACGAGACUAGUCAAACAGGCCAAGAACCACAAGUGGAGACGACAGCCUUCACAAUUUCCAAACCACAGACACCGGCUCUUCAAAACAGCAGCGAACUGCCCGUGAUAUCCAACAAUGUGUCGCCGGAGAAAUCAUCCACAGGGACAACCAACAAUGGCUCAGCAAGUCAUCAGAGCCAUAUUAGUGACAUUAGUCGGGUCGAGAUGCUCCACAAGGAGAUACCGCCUUGUCCCGCGUCUGUGGACAAACUGCUGCCGUCCCGCCGCGAGAAAAAGGAAAGCCUCGAGGCGAAACGUGAACGUAAGGCGGCCAAGACUUUGGCCAUCAUCACUGGCGCCUUCGUGAUGUGCUGGCUACCUUUCUUUAUCCUCGCACUGGUCAUGCCAUUGUGCGGCGAUUCUUGCGCCAUAAGCGAUUUCAUAAUGAGUUUUGCGUUGUGGUUAGGAUACUUCAAUUCCACGCUUAAUCCGGUGAUCUAUACUAUAUUUAAUCCAGAAUUUAGACAGGCGUUUAAGAGAAUGCUGUGCGGUGGGCCAAGGCAUGGCAGAAACUUUCGCUCGGGGAAGAUUAGAUAAGAUCAAGUGCAUGUGCGAUAAUGUAAAUAACUGUACAAGGAUUUUAGUUAAGUAAUUAAUUGGUCUAAAAUUAAAAGGGGAACAAAUUUUAACCUACUGAAUAUUGUGAAUCUAAAUUAUAAUUACAUUCAAAUUGUGUAUCUGAUUUUAGUUAGUUAAUCAAAAAAUAAAAAUGUAAGUUUGCUCCCCUUGUGUAAGUUUUCUAAAUUACAAGCAAUAGGACCAUUAGAAUUCUUAUCAAAAGUACAUUCUAUUGGGAUUGUUGCUGCUAUAUUAUAAAAAUUAUUAACGAAAUAUUAACCAAAUUGGUCCUGUACAUAAAAAUAUCUUCCUUUUGUAAAUUAGACGUACUGUUCAGCAUAUUUUUAAUGAAAAUAUAACUAGAUUAUACGUUAGUUGUUAAUGGGUGCGCAAUGUCUAACUUGCCCCAGUAUGCUACAAAGUCUUUCUAUAACUUAGACAAAACGAAGCAGUUCCCAAGCAUUUCAAAUUGAUUGGAAAUUACUUCUGUCCGUUUUUUCAUUUGUGUAGUGAUGCUUUUAAUAUGCGCAAAUAAGUGGAACAAUUUAAAGAACAAAAUGAUUUAUCACGCUAUAUUAAAUUUAUUGUUUUUGAAACGUAUCGUGUUAAUUGUACGGAAAACAUGUCCAAUACGCAUCUACAUCCAAUGCUCAUCCAAAUUCAAAAGUUAUGCAAAUGGACAAAGAGACACUUCAGUGCGAAUAUUUAGAACGUGUGCAACAAAAUUCGUUGCAUAAAACAUUCGAGUUUGCAAUGUAGAAUGAAACAAAGGGCAUAUUUAACAAACAACACUCAACUUGGUGAAGUAGAAUUUCUACGUGGACAAAAUUAUUUUGUUCUUUACAAUUACCUCUUACCAGUCACAUACAAUGAAAAUCAAAGUUGUAUAAUGGUUAAACUACCUCAUUAUUGAUAGUCAACUAUCUCUAUUAUUUAAAAAUUAGCAGUAGAUUAUUUAAUUUUUAUAUUUUUGUAAAUGGCUUAUGUCUUCUAUGUAUCAAAAUUUGUACAAAUAUACGAAAAGUUUCUGUUAAUAAUUUUGUGUGGCAUGAAUUUUUCUAAUGUAGGUACUAAAAUAUUAUGCCACACCACUUAGGUAAAAUAUAUAACCGUGAAAAUCCUUUUAUCCAAAGUAUAUAGUGUAUAUCAUUGAGCCGAUAUACCAUUAUAUACCGAGGUUGUUUAAAUAUAACAAGCGAAUCGCAAGGUGCGAAAAUAUCUAUCUAAAUAUAAUAUUCGUAUACCUUUUAACAGUUUUCAAAAAUAUUCAUGGAGUUAUAAAAUCUGUAACAUAAUACAUACAUAUAUGUUUGUUUAAAGUUAUUAUUGACAAGGGAUUAAAGUUCCUUGUAAAAACAUGUAUCUAUUAUAUGUAUUAAAAUUUUAUAUUUAAUUGUUAUUAAGAAACAAACAAUUUAUUAUCAAUAAAAUUCAAACAAUAUAUGUAAAUGUUAUACAGGGUAUAUAAAAUUUGUAUAUUGUAACAUGUAUAUGAAAUAAUUUUAUGUAUUGUUAAUAAUAUUUUAUGACUGUAAUAUUUAUAAUUAUUUGCUGUUUUAAUAUCCCCCUCAACAACAUAUCAUAUAUUAACAUAUAUUUGAAAACUGUCACACAAAAAUAAUUUGUAAAUAAAUGUGUAAUAUGUAACAUUUAAGAAAAAUCUACACAUAUAACAAUAAGUACAUGUUAAGAUAUAACUCUGUAUAUUGCUUUACAAUUAAUGAAUUGAACUCAUAUUGUGAUAAUAUGUGUUUUAGGCCAAAAAUACUAAAUGUUUUAAUAUUUAGGUGUUGUUGUAUAUAUAAAAUAUUAUUUUCAAGCCCAUGCCCCUAUAGAUAAGGUUCAAUUUUUAUUAAAAUAUCAAAAUGUAUAUAAAUAUUAUUGUUUAUUAUACUGUGUUAUGUAGGUAUAUUACUU